AUGGUUCACGACACUGCACAGGGGCUCAAUGCUCAUCGACGCAUGGAACGUCAUCGUUCUCGAUCCCUUGCACCUCAUGAAAUGCCAUUGGAGACCCGGGACUACAUCAAAGAUGUUCGAGCAGCAGUCGAGCGUGCCCACGACGAGGCGCAUUCUCCUCAAAUCGACCGUCGCUUGGGACCUGGCUUCUUCGACCCGUUUGGCGGCAAUGAUGAUGACGAUGGAGACUCUCCCUCUCAUGACCAAGGUGGUGCAGGCGGUGAUGACGAUACCACUCCAACCAACACGCGUGGUCAAACUCGACCAGCAACUACCAGCGCCUCUAGGACAACGACAACCUCGAGUGACAGAGGCUUGCUGGAUACAGUUCUCGAUCCGUUCACUCGUGAGUUCUAGUCUUGCAUGACAAGCGUGUGACGACAUCGUCACCUCCCUGCCGUGUUGUAGGCCAUGUGACUGACUCACGGUCACACCACUUCGAACGGGCAUCUUCAGGCUCGCACACCACGACAAGCAGUAGUAGCACCAGCACUACCUCAUCGUCUACGAGCUCAUCCACGCGCACCACGUCAAGCAGCUCGCGAACGACCAGCUCAUCCACAGUGAGGCACACGACAUCUUCUACGGUUGGUUAUAGUUUUCGUCCCCUUUCUACCUUCCUACCCCCUUUCCCCGACUGUUUUGGGCCUGCGCCAAUGACGUCGAAGAGUGGGCUCCUUUGGAUCGAAGCUGCAUCGCAUGAUCGCUAUGCCUGCCUCGAUCUCACAAGCGAGCCCCUUUUUAGAUCGUUUUUGCUCCUCCCUCCGGAAUCUCUCCUCUCCUUGCCGUACCUUUCCGAGCUCGAUACUGACGCUGCUCCUUCCUUCGUCUGUAGGAGCCCUUGCCGACAUUGACCACUCCUACGCCAUCCACCGCCACGGCCGUGGCUUACGUCACGUCCUCGUUGAACACUGUUACGCCAACCGCGACUCCCGAACCUCAAAGUGACGGUCCCGGUGCCGGUCCCAUCAUCGGUAUUGUCGCUGGUGCUCUCGCAGGAGUAGCUCUACUUGCUGCCGUAAUUGGCUUCGUCGUCAAGAAGGUGAGGAGCAAGGAGGAUCCAUACGAGUCCAACCCCUUCGACCGUGACGAUUUCCGCCGUCAGAGCGCCAUGUUGCCCGAGAACUUUGACGAUGAAGAUGGCGCACCUAGCAUGUCCGAGCAUCAGCAUAACAACCUUGCUGCUGCUGGCUAUGGCGCUGCUGCUGCUGGCGGCAUGGCUUACGCAGGUGCCUCGCAGUCUUCUCACAACGCCUCUGGCGGGCCUCGUCCCCCUACCAUGUUUGAACGGCACAUGGCAGGCCCUGGCGCUCAGUAUGCCUUCGAUGAUGCCAGCGCGCCUCCCGUCCCUCAGGUCGGUGCCGUAUUCAACCAAGGCCCAGCACCCUCCCUUCCACCCAUGGCGUUUGGAGGCAGCGAUCCUUACACGCUUGCUGGGGUUGGAAACCGUGACCACGAGAACUUCAACAACUCUGUCAACCCUUACGCCCACUUGGAUCGCAACCGUUCAUUGGGCUCUGACCGCGGCUAUCAGCCCAACUUCCAGCCUGGUCAGCUCGCCUUUGGAGCGCAGGGCUCGCAGAGAGAGACGGACUUGGACCGCGCCGGCUCCAACGGUAGCGACUUUAGCCAAGGACAGGCCCUCGACGCUGCAACUCAGAACGGCCGCGAUCUGAUCUCGCCCUUCACGAAUCCCCACGAAACUUUUGCACACCACGGCGUGGGCCAGCAGUUUGAGGAUGACCACGCAUACGACACCGCUGGUCGACCUGGCACUGCUGAAGGACGCAGCGGCACCCCUGACUUGGACAACCCUCAGAAUCACUACGCUCCGACGGACACUAUCAAUGGCGACCAACGUCACUACCAGACCAGUCCUGAGCCUUCUGCUAGAGCCGCCUCUCCCUUCAACGCCCUCGACAGCCCGCCUCAGCAGCCAUUGCAAGUAAGAAAUCUCUUGCCAGGCCACUCUCAGCAACAACAGCGACCCAUCAGCACCGCUACUGAAGACCCAAGCGAUGCUUAUGGCGGCUGCUACUAG